AUGGCCGAAGCUAUGCAAUGGCAAAUCGACAUCCCCAGUCUCUCGCAGCUGGUAUUCAGCGCCGGCGCACACGGGUUGAAGCAACUAGCACUGGCGGGCGUCGAACCUCAUACAAUCGGCUGCAUGCUCAUGAUCGCCGAGUAUACCCCAGCAUCGCAAGACUUCAGGACCCAGCUGAACAAGGCUCGGCAGCAACAGCGCAUGGACCGGGUAUGGCUCUUCAAGCUCGUGGAGAUUGGAGCAUGUACGAACUUCAUUGCGGAUCAGAUGCUGAAGACGAGAGCAGGUGAGAACGUGCUGGCUCUAAUUGCGGCCGUGGCCACUGUGAUGGACGAGCAGAGCUGUACGGCAGUGCUGUUGUCCCUAUUCGAAGCCGCCAACGUAUCUCUAGACAACACGCCCGGCAUCAUGCAGCUACAGAGAAUCCGAAGCUGUCUCGCCCCGCUGGCGGGCAAGACAGGGUUCGCGGAGAAGACCCUGCAGUACCACCAUUUUUUCCUAUCGCUACUGGAAAAAAAGAACAAUGGAGAGUCGCAGAGACCUAGAGGGUCACCGUAUGAGGGUCUGCCAGAGGUCAAAGAUAUGCCGAAGAUGAUACGGCUGGUACAUAGACUGAUCAGCUUAGGCGGUCGACGGUGUCUCGUUCGGUACAGCGUCCUGCGUGGUGCUGCAUGGAUGGCGACAUACGCAUCGUACAUUCUGGGACUCCGGAUGUGCGCGGUGAAAGCAGAUGGUACGCCAGUGCCCAUGACGAGCAGCUAUGAGGAAGCCCAGGUCAUCUUCGAGGUCUCUGCCCCUGAGAGCGCCGGAAGCCUCUACCUGGAAGGAAAUCUUCAGGACCUCAUUACAUUAGAGACAGCCCAAAUCUCCAUCAGAAAUGGCUGGCGGGUUGACUGCUCCAUGGUGGACUUUGUCAGUCUGCAUCACUCAGACCUGCGCCAGUCACAGCCUGUGGCCUUCUCCCGAAUAUCAGCGUUUGCUGCAAUUGAGGCGCUCAACGAAACCUCCACCCUAAGUCUUUCCUUCGACCCGAUUGAUUCUGAUUCCACCUGGUACCGGUCUCAAUACUCCUCAUCCAUGGGCUUCCUCUCAUUCACCCUUGCAGCCCUCCCUGACAUCCAGGCUAGGGCGCUGCACAUCCUGAGGAUCCUUGGCUUUCGUCCGCCAGAGGAUGGGUAUCGUUUUCGUCCACAUGGCGGAGUAGCAACAUACUCCUGUCAUGGCCACGACAGUGACCCUCCUCCCCUUGUGGAAAGUGGGCUGGAGCAGCUGAAAAAUACGUAUGAGUCUCUACGGGGACAGUAUCUUGAACAGGACAACCUGGCAAUUGGCAAAGACACGGACCUUGAGCGGCUCAGGUUUUAUCUGGACGACUAUAGGAAUUCGGCCCUGUACGAGGCAGCUAAUUGGCCCCGGCAGGUACUCAGGGAGCUGGUUUCCAGUAUCACCGUUGCCGUCCAUUUUGCGUCUCGGCUGGCCUUUACCGACUGGGAUGUGAACCUGCGCAUCAUGUCUGCUUUGACCAUGUCCCAUAGAGAGCUGCCACCUAUACGUCUUCGUCAGAAGACGGAAUUUGAGGGACACUUAUGCGAGGCAAUCGCACUGUGUUCUGACAGUAUGUCGGUCGAUAGUAUUGAGCAGCGUCUUUGGAAUGCCGACUGGGUUGGCUUAGAUAUCGACGGCAUAGCCAUUCUCCGCAACGCUUCCAUGCCUGAAUCCUGGGCUAACAUGAAGGGAGCCUAUCUCGGUUUCCGACGUGGACGCAUCCUGCACGAAAAUCAGCAAUAUACAAAGAUCCGGACAGACCGCAUCUACACCCAGUCACAGAAUCUCCUCGCAACGAAGAUAAAGAAAUGCACUGCGGCGACCGCCCCGAUAAAUGGCUGUCCUUCAAUACAGUCCCGCGUCCUCAUCAUGCCAAUAGCGGAUACCAUCUUUAUGCGCCUCGAAGCAACUCCUACCCCAGGAGCUCCAGUCAUCGGAGACGGCAGCCUGUCAGCCACAUAUGCUCCUGACUACCUGGUCACAGCGCCCUGCCAACACGGAUAUGAUCCUAGGAGCGCGACGUUGACGAUGGAGUAUCCGUUUCUCCUAGGCUUCGCAGAGGGCCUCUUUUUUGACGACCACGCACUGCAGGAUAUCCGGCCUGGGAACUACGCGGGCAUGAACGUCUUCUACCAGCUCACUAGUGAGAACCAUCUGGCGCAGUGGUUGGCUUUGCAAUGGCAACCAGCCAAUGACCCCUUUCGCUGCCUCCGUAUCAUCCAAAAGGGCUGCUGCCUUCAGUGUCUCCUUGGGCGGUUGGGAAAGGUUCUCGAACAGCUACAGAGUAGCGCACAUCAUCAGUAUCAGAGACUUCAGGGAUAUCCAGUAUGCAUUAUAGCCGGGAAGGAGGAAGCUUGA